GAGGGGGGGGGGUAUUUUUGUUCGCGGGGGACACUUUCCAUUUCCUGCAGUAGUUUUAUCCAGAUAUUUUAAAGAAUGAGAUAGCAGAUAUGCCCGCGGUGUCUUGCACGAGGACGUCUUCCCGACGGGGCGCCCCGGUUGAGUUGGCGCACGCAAGGACUCCUGCUGGGAUCAAACCAGCAACCUUUUAGUGGCAGCAGAGACCUUUCCAGACCAACAGGCGCCUUUUUUCCACCCAUCUCCAUUUAUUGAAUGGCAUUGCUGUGCGUCUCACCCGGCACCAGAUCCACUCAACAACUUUUCUAGACUUCAUUUGAUGAUACCAAGCUUGCCUCCGCGCCCUUUGUUGCCUUUACUCCUUUAAAUUGUACAUGUAUUACAGCGCCCUUCGCAUUCAUUCAAUUUGACACGUUUCUGUACACAUUUCUACACUUUAAAGAGUUGUUGGCUUAAAUCUCGCCGGCUCUCAUGGGACUGAGGCAUUCGUCGCGUUGUUUGCUGCUACGGCGGAAGAUGGCGGAGGCGGACAGCUCGGAGGUAGGGACCUUGUGCUUCCUCGUACCCGGCAAACAGCGGGACCGGGGACAAAUGCAACAGCCUGUCACGUCCCCCCUCUCCCAGUCCGCCCAGCCCGCCAGACUGCCCAAACCAGUGCCUACGACCCACCAUGUGCCCUGCAUCCCCCGCACGCCUCAUGUAGCCGCACUGGCCACCUGUCCUGGUCUGAGCAAGUCUUCCGAAUUCAUCAGCCCGGAGGAGAUGACAUCAAGGGACUACUACUUUGACUCGUAUGCCCACUUUGGCAUCCAUGAGGAGAUGCUGAAGGACGAGGUGCGGACGCUGACCUACCGGAACGCCAUGUACCACAACAAGCACGUGUUCAAAGACAAAAUUGUCCUGGAUGUUGGCAGCGGCACCGGUAUCCUCUGUAUGUUUGCCGCCAAUGCCGGCGCCAAACACGUGUACGGGAUUGAAUGUUCAAGCAUAUCCGAAUACUCUGAGAAGAUUAUCAAGUCAAAUCACCUACACAAUGUCAUAACCAUCUUCAAGGGCAAGGUGGAGGAGGUGGAGCUCCCUGUGGAAAAGGUGGACAUCAUCAUCUCGGAGUGGAUGGGCUACUGCCUCUUCUACGAGUCCAUGCUGAACACCGUCAUCUUCGCCAGGGACAAGUGGCUGAAACCUGGAGGCCUGAUGUUCCCUGACAGAGCAGCUCUUUACGUGGUAGCCAUUGAAGACAGGCAGUACAAAGAAUUCAAGAUACAUUGGUGGGAAAACGUGUACGGCUUCGACAUGAGCUGCAUUCGCAACGUGGCCAUCAAAGAGCCUCUGGUGGACGUGGUGGAUCAGAAGCAGGUGGUGACUAACGCCUGCCUCCUAAAGGAAGUGGACAUCUACACCGUGAAGCCGGAGGACCUGUCCUUCACGUCGGCCUUCUGCCUGCAGAUCCAGCGGAACGAUUACGUCCACGCCCUGGUCACCUACUUCAACAUCGAGUUCACCAAGUGUCACAAGAAGACCGGCUUCUCCACUGCCCCAGAUGCUGCCAGCACACACUGGAAGCAGACAGUGUUUUACUUGGAAGACUACUUAACUGUCAAGAAGGGAGAGGAGAUCUUUGGCAGUAUUGCUGUCAGGCCCAACGAGAAGAACGUGCGCGACCUGGAGUUCACGCUGGAGCUCGACUUUAAAGGACAACUAUGUGAGGCCGCCAUUUCCCACGACUACAAAAUGCGUUAGGAGCAGCAACCACUGACCAACCACCCUCCGUCCCUCUCGACACGCUCGAGCGUGUGGGUGGGGGGGGGGGGGGGGGGAGGUGCCGCGCCGGCUCUCCACCAGGCCGGCGAGGGAGCGACCACACGCAUCCGAUUGGAGGCCGUCAUGCCAGCCCCCUGGUGAUGUCAUCAGAAUAGGCAGAUAUCGAUCAGCAACCGGGUCCAUCGGCUGCACCUACUCGAUCGACCUGGUCACAUCGUCGAAUGUAACAUCCUAAAUGAACUUGAUUUUUUUUUUUUCGGCAGAUAAAUUCUGGAAAUUAUGUUAACAUUUAAGUAUAAAUGAGUCUUUGUAAUUGUUAGUGCAGCUAAAUGAAAAGCGAAAAUCGACCCGCGUGAUGUUGAGAAGGUCGCAGAACAGUCAUCUUCUGUUUUUCUUUUGGUCAUUUGUCAAAAUGUAUUAUGCAAUGUGUAACUGUUUGUAGUGCCGUAAAUUAAGUGUUUUAUUUGUUAUGCAUUAUUGCCGUGUUUUGCUUCAUCGAUUUCAGAAAGGUGUGAAAUGUAAUUUUAAAAAAAUCUUUAAUUGAGGAUAAUUGAGAACAAACGUGCUUUAGCGCCAGAAUAAAACUGAACAACGCCUCAGAACAACAACAAACACAGAUGCAAUAUGUACCACUUUGUUUUGAUUGGACAAAGAAUAUGUAAGGAAAAAAAAAGAAGAAAAAUACGUGGACAACGAUGAUGAAUAAAAUGUCGAAUUUGA